AGUUUUUGUAUUUUAUUUUACCUUUGCUCAUAAUAAUACCAACGUAAUAUUCUUCACAACAUUAAAAACAAGGUUGGUCUGUGAUGCUGUAGGUUUUAUAGAUGGGCCAGGUGACCACGUAAGCAUAAAGUUAUGGAUAAGACGGGCGUUUUAUAAUGUCGGCCAGGAAAAGUGAACAUUGAAAUUUAUAAAGCAGUGUCUCGUGUGUAUAAAUUACCCUAUACAAGAUAAGCUACGUAUCGAAAACUGCACUUUAGACUGCCAGCUCACGGCGUCCUGCCCAUGACCAAUAUUGUGUUUACAGCCAUGAUAUAGGUGAGUGGGUUAUAUCCCACACAACAACGGACCAGCUAGCGAAGCUCAACCUGAAUCUAUGUUCACAGCCAUUGGGGCCAACAUCGGAGCACAAACUGAACAUAAAGAAAAUCAUUCCUGCUGGCUAUCACGAGAAAAGGCAGACAAAGACACACAAAAGACUGGGCACAUUCGCUGACGUUGGAAACAGGAUGUUGUCCGAGUUCAUAUUGGGGGCAGCUGUUGUGCUGUUUCUCGCCUACAUAUAUCAGUCAAAACGGAAAUACAGCAGGAUGCCUCCGGGUCCGAAACCACUGCCAGUACUGGGCAAUUUCUUCGAAAUAAAUGAGGGUACAAUGGCACAAGAUCUCACUCAUUUGGGUUCUCAAUACAAUGGCAUAUUCACUGUUCAUCUGCUAACGACGCCGGCAAUCAUUCUGGAUAAUGUCAAAAUCAUAAGGGACCUCCUUCUUUCACCUGAAUAUGCUGACAUCUUCAGUGGAAGGGUGAGCUCAUAUUUCAGCAAGCAUUUGGUGCCACAUGAUAUGGCAUUGCAGACGAUUAGUGAACUACAGCAGUACAUGAGAAAGUUGACCUUUCGUGGAAUAAAACAGUACGGAACUGCACUGAAAAAUGUUGAGCACCACGCCCAGGUAGAAAUCCAAAAAAUUAUCAAGAGGUGCAGAGAAAGAAAUGGCGUCUCGUUUGACCCGCUGGAAGACCUGAAUCAAUAUGUCAGCAACGUAAUCUUAAUUUUGAUUUGUGGACAAAGAUUUGAACCUGGUCAUAAGACACUGGAGAUGUGUGGCAAUAUUGCCGCUGAUUUUGUGUACCUCGUCAACUUCAAAAACCAGAUUCUCAUGGACAAUGUCCCGUUCAGUACAAUGUUGAUACCAGACCUAAGACGGGCAUGUCAAACCAUGAAGGGCGGUUACCACUAUUUCACUGAGACUAUUGACAAAAUAUCAAAGGAAUCCAAAGGUACGAUGCCCGACUGUCUCUACACAUUGCUGUUAAAAGAGCGUGAGGAGGGAAUGCUAUCAAUGGGGAAUGUAAAAGGGAUACUGAUGGAUAUCCUGCUUGCAGGUAUUGCCACGACAAAAGGAACCCUCUACAGUGCCCUUGCGGCAAUGGUAAACUUCCCCAAGGUCCAGAAGAAGAUCCAGGAGGAGAUCCAAAGGGUGGUUGGAAAGGACCGACUUCCGGAUUUGGAGGACCGGAACAAAAUGCCCUACACCAGGGCAGUAGAAUUGGAAUUGUAUCGUUACUUCACGCCCGCUGGAACGCCUGGUCCAAGGCAUUCGACACAAGACUGCACCUAUAAGGGUUACUGCAUUCCAAAGGGAACAAUGGUCACUUACAAUGUGUGGCGUGUACAUCAUGACGAAUCAUUUUGGGAGAAUCCCUUCACAUUUGAUCCAACCAGAUUCCUGGAUGAACGUGGCGAGUUGCUGCCACCGGAGGAUGAAAAACGUCAGAGACUGCUGACGUUUGGCAUCGGAAAGCGUUCUUGCAUUGGCGAGAAGCUGGCCCGAGUGAGGAUAUUUCUUGGACUGACGUCCCUACUGCAAAACUUCGACCUGACUCGUGAUCCAUCGGAACCUUUCCCUUCACCCGACCCCCGUACAUACCGGUGUGGAUUUAUCUCACAACCACCUCCUUACAAGCUACAAUUCAAACCAAGAUACUGAGAUCCAAGAUUCCAUCGUGGCGGUAGAAGAGCCCAGUGGUUGAAGCGUACACUCGUCACUCGGAAGACCCGGGUUUGAUUCCCUACACUGUGUGAACCCCAUUUCUGGUGCCGUGAUAUUGGGGGAAGAGUUGAAAGCAGCGUGAAAAAACACCUUAUUCACUCACUCUUCAUUUUAUGUGCGCCUUUUGUCACUUAUAGUAUAAAAUGUAGUAAUACCAAUAUCUACAGAGAAACAUCAGUAUACAGAUGACUUUACAUUUCUUUAAAACGACGAAUAUGCAAAGUUAGUUGAACUUCAAUUAAUUUCUAAACAUUGAAUUUUAUCAAUGUUAAGUAUGUUUGGUCAAUGUCAUCUCUCAUCUCGUUGAGGCGGCGGGUUAGCAUGUUGGUUCGCUCGUCACGCCGAAGACCCGGGUUCGAUUCCCCACAUAGGAACAAUAUGUGAAGCCCAUUUCUGGUGUCCCCCGCCUUGACAUUGCUGGAAUGUUGCUAAAAGCGGCGUAAAACUAAACUCACUCACUCACGUUAUAUCGUUAAUACACACCCCUUCUUGUAGAAGUAACUAUGGCCCUGACCAGUUUUACUAAUUUGUCUUUUGUCAAAAGCUGUAUUUGCUACAUCAAUGUCAUUUGUUUAGCUGACCUUAUAACAGUAAUUGUUAUUGUCCCCCUAUCUUAUUGUUCGAUGAACACGAGUGAGAAAUACGUAUCUGGCGUUAUCAUACACCUACAAUGAAUAUUGUAGAGAAUUGUAAUUUGCUCAAAUAUAUUCAACAUUGUUUAUCCAGUAAUAAUAAAGAAAUACUCAGAGUUUUUUUAAUGUAAACAAGUUCAUUAUCAUUACUAGACAAUAAUAUAGUUUUGUCAUGUAAAAAUGUCAUCAACAUGAUCAUGUAUCACUUUGUAAACUUUCGUGUGUUUUACAUAUUUAGUCAAAUGAAAUAUCGGGUUAUAUGUAGAACGUUGGAUUUGAGUAUUUCAUUCUACACUAAAACACUUAAUUCCUCAUUUCGUAAUCAUUACACGUAUGGCGAAUAACUGUAUUUAUUACUCGCCCAUGAAAAAUAUUGCAGUGUAAUAAACUGACGUGCAAAAGAAAGUACACAGGUGUAAUUGUUGUUGCAAUCCCAAAUAUGCAUUCAAACUAAUAAAGUUAUUGAAAAACAUUAAUUGUA